UAGUUGUUAUGACUACGAGGUCGUAAAUCCGCCAUGUUUUCAUUGCUCUAGCGUUGCGACAGAGACGGAGAACUCGAACCAUACGACAUGAAACUAGAAAAUAAUAAUACGGCAGAAACAGAGAACGGGCAAACGGAUCACGGCAACAUCAUCACUAUUGAAACCACGCUGGGAGACGAGGAUGAAGAUGUGCACAAAUGUGGACGCUGUCAGGAGGAAUUCUCCUUAUUGGAGGCCUUCAUACAGCAUAAGCUGCGUCGGAGCUGUCAGCGUACUCAAGAACAGGCGAAUAAGGAGAAUCAGAUUGCUGAUGACGGAAAUUCUCCAGCCACGCUAAAUGACAGUGGCAUGUUGUCUUCAGUCGAGCCUGACAGACCAGAGGAUCCCGACAAAGCCAUUGCUGAAGUUUCCCAGCAAGCAACAUCACAGGAUGUGGAGUCUAUCAAUCAAGGGGUCGAGGUGUCUGAAGGCCCAGAUGGCUCCAAACUUGUGUUAAGGGUGAAUGAUGAGGGACGCUUCGUCUGCCAGCUCUGUGAGAAAACCUUCAAAACGCCCAACAUUCUGAGGACACACAUGUCCACCCACAGUGAGAAGAAAGACUUCCAUUGUGACCUGUGUAGCACUUCUUUCAGAACCAAGGGCUCGCUGAUACGGCACAAUCGCCGGCACACAGAUGAGCGACCCUAUCGGUGCAAUCUCUGCGGCCUCUCCUUCAGAGAAUCGGGGGCCUUGACUCGACACAUGAAAUCCAUUACCCCGUGCACAGAGAAGAUCCGCUUCAGCCAGUGCAAGGAGAUCCUCGUUGGCAAGGAUGGCGUCCGGAAAGUAGAGUCUGUGGCGGAGCAGCAGUCUACCUCCAUCCUGCCCCAAAGGGAGGCUCAGCCAGUGCAGGAGGUCAGUGUGGUGGAGGAGACUCAGGAGCUCAUCCACAUUCAGAUGGUGCAGGAUCCAGGACAGGCCCAGCAGGAGGUUGUGCAGCCUGAGCCCGAGCCUGAGCCUGAGCCUGAGCCCACUGAAGAGAGCAACAACUUGAUCUGCCAGGCCAUUAUCAACUCGGGCAUCGCCCUGGAGGCGGACGCCAGCACCGAGACAGACGCGGAGGCGGUGCCAGGGCCCGUAGAGAGCCGGGCCGCCGGGUUGGCCCUGCAGACCCCCGAGACUGAAAGCCGCGUCCCCGACAUUCAGCUGUCCGAGGAGUGUGUAGAGAUGGAGGACGACACUGCGCUGAGCUCCGAGGACACUUCUGAGAGGGAGGGAGAGCCGGCGCCUCCAAAGCUCCACAAAUGUCCUCACUGCAAUCGGGUGUUCAAAGCUUUGAAUUACCUUCGUUUCCAUGUCAAAGGUCACCUGGGCUACAAGCCCUUUAAGUGCAUGGUGUGCCAGAAGGAGUUCCUGACGGGCUACCUGCUGAAGAAGCACAUGGAGGUGCACCUGAGCGAGCGGCGCUACAAGUGCGGCGAGUGCGGCAAGCUCUACAAGACCAUCGGGCACGUGCGCGAGCACAUGCGCGCCCACUCUGACGAGCGGCCCUACCACUGCAACCGCUGCGACAAGGCCUACAAGACCAAGAAUGCCUUGCAGGUCCACCAGAGGACGCACGGGCAGGACAAGCCGUACGUGUGCCCCCACUGCUCGCGUGGCUUCCGGGAGAAGGGCUCGCUGGUGCGCCACAUCCGCCACCACACCGGCGAGAAGCCCUUCAAGUGCCCCAAGUGCAGCCGCGGCUUCGCUGAGCAUGGCACGCUCAACCGGCACCUGCGCUCCAAAGGGGGCUGCCAUACAGGGCAGAGGGAGUCGGAGCAGGCGGUUGCAGUGGCGGUGAAGGAGCAGCAGGGGUCAGAAGAGAGCGUGGCAGCCAUCAUCAGCGAAGACCCCCACGCUGUGCUGGUGGAGUUCUCCUCUGUAGUGGCCGACACACAGGAGUACAUCGUCGGGGCGGCCGCAGAGGAGUCUGUGCAGACGGAGGAAGUGGCCUUGCUGCAGGACACUCAGAGUCAGAUGGGCAGCCAGAUCAUGAAGGUGGUGCAGCAGAUCGUGAGCCAGUCGCACCAGCGGGGCGGCGGCAGCUGCCAGAUCAUCGUGCGCAACGUGGUCGCCGGCGAGGACGACGUGUCCACCGCGACCGCCACCAUCUCCGACUCGGGCGACACCAUCACCAUCGCCACGCCCGAGAGCCUGACGGAGCAGGUGGCCCUCACGCUGGCCUCCGCCAUCGGCGACGGCACCCUCCUCACCGCCGCCGCCGCCCCGGAGACCACGGUCACCAUGGUGACGGAGGGCGAGGCCCAAGAGGUGGAGGUGAUGGAGCAGGAGCAGUUUGUCAUCGCCGCCAUCCCCGACGAGAUGGAGAUCCAGACCGUUGUGGUCUGAGGCGGAGAGCGGCCGACCCAGACAAGACUCUGAAUAGAUGAGCUUUGGACUCCUCCGCUUCGGUCACAACGGUGACUGAGCCAGACACGGGGUGUUCACCACAGGAUGCGAGUUCUACAUUUGAAAAACAAUGCAGUGCACAAAUUAAUGAGACUGACUUAAGUGGAAAAAAAAGGAACCCGUCAAUGACUUUGGCUCCUCUGCCUUCCCCUGCCUGAAGAACUACCCGUUUAUGUGUGCUUUUGAACAAAGCUUUUCACAUAUCGGUAGUUCAGUCCUAGUUAGUGAGCGGACUAGGAGGAUAUGUGAAUAACAAACACAGCUGCUGCAUAUUUAUUGGUUUCAUGCUUCAUGAAGAACUCUGUUGUCUUAAUCUGUUUUCUUUAGACCAUUGACUAUCCCAAGCCAGCCUACAGUGAUCGCCCAGACCUCACUGAUGAUGACAAAUCAGAGGUGAACAGUAGCCCAACUGAACAGUGUUGGUUUGAGUGUUUAAUGGCUGGGCCUUUUGUGCGUAGUCUUUACGUUUGUUUACAUGCUAAUGAAACAAGGCCAUUGUUACUUGCCAUUUGUUGUAUAAUUUGUCGCAGCACCAACAGGCUUGUUCUGGUACACGAUGUAUGUCUGUAUCACUGAUAAAGGCAGGUUUAAUCUUUAGAGAGGUCUUGACUAUUCCCAAUGGGACAUGUUAUGAGGGUAGUAACAUGUUAAUGUGCCAAUUUGCCAGGUGAAUCCUAAUAUGGGAGAAGUAGACUGAAGCUAGUUAGAAGGCUCCUGUCGGACACUUCAACUAUUGGUUACUGAGGUGCAGGAAAUGAAUGUCAGUAAAUGGUGGUGAUGUCUUAGUUGGGCCAUACAGCAUAUGGUGUCGUGGGCAGUAUUGCUAUGUUACGGAUAUGUUACUACCCGCCAGUUUGUGUUCAGUGGCUACAGAUGUGGAUCUAUUAGUAAUAUUUACUUACAGCUGUCCAGAUUGCAUUACCAUUUGGUUUAGUGCUUUUUAAAUGAGUAGCUGGACUGCUAUGGACAAAAUUGGUGCAUGUUUGGGAAAGGAAAGAUGGUGGCUUCAUUGUUUUACAUUAGUGGGCAUCCACGUUUAAGUCUGAACCUAAGAAUUUCUCAGUAUGUCAUUAAUUGUAGUUACAAUCCAAAGUCUCUGUAAGAGGCAUGCCAAAGUAGUCUCAUGACGUCACUUAAGCCUAGAUGUAUUUCCAUGAAACAUUAGUACCAAAUAUGCCCCCUCUCUGUCACUGCAGGAGAUCAUUACUGCAGGAGUUUCAUCAGGUCAUGCUGUCACUCAUCUGCUGAGGUCCUUGUUGAGAGGAUGUCAUUAAAGAUGUUUUUCAAA